UCCGACAAAAAUGGCGACGUCGGUUUUAUGUCCGAGAUUUGUGUAGCUUCCUGCAUUAUUUUUUAUGUCGCCGUAAAGCAUAAUUACAAUAUUAGGGGAUAUCAGUAUUAGUUAUACAAAUUGUAGUUGUGUUCUUCAACUAAACUGGAAAACGCAGUCAUUUUACGUGUUUUUGGUAAUUCGCCAUACAUCCGACUGCUUGUUCGCUUGCGAUGGCAAGUGCUAUGGAGUCAGAAGAGCAGGCGAGGAAUCGCUUCCAGUCAGAGCUGGAGUUCGUUCAGUGCCUGGCGAACCCGAACUACCUCAACUUUUUAGCUCAGAGGGGCUACCUUCGAGAGAAACCAUUUGUGAACUAUUUGAAGUACCUGCUGUACUGGAAGGACCCAGAAUACGCCAAGUACUUGAAAUACCCCCAGAGCCUGCACAUGCUGGAGCUCCUUCAGUACGAGCACUUCCGCAAGGAGCUGGUCAAUGCACAGUGUGCCAAGUUCAUCGAUGAGCAGCAGCUCCUGCACUGGCAGCACUACUCGCGCAAGCGUACGCGGCUGCAGCAGGCGCUGGCCGAACAGCAGCAGCACAGCAACGCCACGGCCAAGUGAAACUGGCCGCUCUGUGAGACUGUGUGGCAUCCAAAAGGGUGGAAGAAUGGACUUAUUUGAAUCUGGAGCUAAGGCGAAAGAGAAACGGGAUAGAGCACUCUCCUUUUCACUUUUUUGGGUGGGCAGGGCAGGGCUGGGUGGGGAGG